ACCCAGGCUCUGUAAUCGCGAGCCCCAGGUUGAAUGGCUGUUACGAGGCUCUGUCGGGAGGAUCGACCACGGAGGGUUUCGAGGAUUUCACUGGAGGAAUUGCUGAAGUUCAUGAACUGACUCGACCUGAUCCCCAUCUGUUCCACAUCAUCCAGAAGGCUCAGCAACGAGGCUCCUUGAUGGGCUGCUCCAUCGACAUCACGAGCUCAGCCGACUCGGAGGCGGUGACUCGUCAGAAGCUGGUGAAAGGCCACGCCUACUCUGUGACAGGUGCAGCUCAGGUGGAAUAUCAGGGCAGGUUGGAGAGUCUGAUCCGGAUCAGGAACCCAUGGGGUCAGGUGGAGUGGACUGGCGCCUGGAGCGACAGGUAUGUCGUGAAAACCUGUAGACAUUGCCCCUCUGGCUUUUUAGAAUACUAAAAUAAAUGAUUUCCUGCAGUUUGUGGAACAUUUCUCACCAAGUCGCCUUUUUUUAUGUUUCUGGAACAAAUCAAACCGGUUAGUUCAGAUUUCUUAAAGGGUUAAAUUCUUGUGGACAUCGUCUGAAUGCAGCGCGAGACAUCCAUCCAGGUUUCAAAGGGUUAAAUAUCGACUUAGUUUCUUGUUAAAUAAAAACAUCUUAAGUGUUGUUUCUGUGAAUUUGGUGGUACAUCCAGUUGACGUGUGACCGCAGCAGCUCAGGGAGCAAAACUGAGAGCGGACAUGUCGUCCUAGCCACCGUCUGAAC